GCAGGAUAGAGAAGAGAGAGAGUGAAGUUCUGUAUAGUGUCUGUGAUACUUUAUUGUGUAUUUUGUGAAUUGUAGUGAUCGAAAUAAGAAAUAAGAUUAAGUAUUUGGUAAAAUGUCGACGUCUGGCGAUUUUGGAAAUCCGUUACGGAAAUUUAAACUAGUUUUCUUAGGAGAACAAAGUGUCGGAAAAACUUCUUUAAUUACGAGGUUUAUGUAUGAUAGCUUUGAUAACACUUAUCAGGCAACUAUAGGAAUUGACUUCUUAUCAAAGACAAUGUAUUUAGAAGAUCGCACUGUAAGAUUGCAGCUAUGGGAUACUGCUGGUCAGGAAAGAUUUAGAUCUCUGAUUCCCUCUUACAUUAGAGACUCAACUGUUGCAGUUGUUGUUUAUGAUAUUACAAAUGCAAAUUCAUUCCAUCAAACAUCCAAAUGGAUUGAUGACGUGAGAACGGAAAGAGGUAGCGACGUUAUAAUAAUGCUUGUCGGUAAUAAAACAGAUUUAUCAGAUAAAAGACAAGUGAGCACAGAAGAAGGUGAGAGGAAAGCGAAGGAUUUAAAUGUGAUGUUCAUUGAAACCAGUGCAAAGGCCGGAUAUAACGUAAAACAGUUGUUUAGGCGUGUAGCCGCUGCCCUACCUGGUAUGGACUCGACAGAGAAUAAGCCACCAGAAGACAUGCAGGAAGUUGUCUUAAAAGACACUCCAAGCGAAGUGAAAGAUCCGGACGGAGGUUGUGCAUGUUGAUUAAUAAAUACUUUUUAUUUUGUACAUUAUUUCUAAAGUUUACUGGUUGCCUUCUAUGAGACCUUUUAUUUUUAAUUUAUAGUGUUAUUUAGUGUAAUAUGUCCACUAAGGUUAGUUCCGUCACGUUGAGAAAAUAAUGCCAUUCUCAUUUCUUGAUCAUCCCUCAAGACAACCAUUAAUUCAUUAUUAAUUAUUGACAUAAGUAAUACUAUUUAUUCCAUUAAUAGAAUUUUCGCGUAAGGUAUGCAAUACGUUUUUUUUUUAACACCGAGUAUCUAGGCACAUAAUAUUCAUUCUACAUUGAAGUAACCUUUUUUUAAAUUUAUACUUAUGGAAGUUGGGGUCUAAGUAACUCUUACAAUAUUUACACAACCAUUUAUACAUGUUUAACUUGACGAUUUCGUAGUUACAAUUUUAUUACAUUUUUGUCUGACUCAAUUUUAAGAGGGUGUAUUUUUCUAUUGACCUCUCAAUUUUCUGUGAUCCAAGGGUUUUUAAGAUAAUUAGUAUUAUACAAUUUUUUACAUUUGAAAUUUGUAAUAAAAUUGGACGAUGUCAAGCGGAUUUAUGUAAUAACUGUGAUCGAUGAGGCUUAUUUUAUACUCGAGCAUUUGUGUACCUAUAUACCAACUAAAAUGCAUUUAAGUAACAUUGUUAGUGUUGUUAUUAUUUUUUCUGAUAAAUAAUUGAUAUAUACAUAUAAUUGCCUAAAAUGUGUAUUUAUUGUAAAAUUGAUGUUUAUAUUAAUGUAGCACAUUAAUUUUGUUAUAAAGAUAAUAAUUUAUUUACUUAAUUUAACAUUUUAUUAUAUUGCAAUACAGUUAUACAUGGUAA